AUCAGUGUCGCUGUGACUGUGGGUGAGAGUGGUGUGAGUGCGUGCGCUCCUCCGGGAUAUAUAUAAGUCGCUCUGUUGUUUCUAGUGAUUUUUGGCUUUACUUGUUGAGUGUAGUGUUAGUAAAGGAAGCGUAAUAUUGGUCACAGCACAGCGUGUCACGCAGGAGGCGGCAAGCAACGUGAAUUAUACAGGCGUGUGAUGGGUGGAGUGCAGCAUGGGCGGUUCCCGCUGGCUCCUGGGCCUCUUCCUCCUCCUCCUAGGUCACCCUGCCAUCAUCCAGGCCACAGAUAUGCGAUACCUGCGUCACAGUGGAGGGCGGGAGGGCGGCGGUGAGGGUCCGGCCAACACCACCACCACACUCCCUCCCGGCGACCUGCUCCUCGACGACGUGGUUGACCCGAGUCUGGGCUUGGAGGAGGUGUUGGUAGUGCGGGGACAGGAAGUCGUUCUCGAGUGUGAGGUCGCCGACCACGUCAAGCCCAUCCCUGGAGAUGACAGCGUCGAGGGCGAGGUCCGCUGGUUCCACGACGGCACUCAGGUGUUGGGUGACCUGAGAGUGAGCAUCAUGUGGACAGGUCGUGUGGUGAUGUCUCACGCCGUCUCCGCCGACUCCGGUGUGUGGUGGUGUCACCGCUCUGGACGACCAGGACCACGGCGACGACUCCUCGUCACUACCCCCCCAGAGCGACCCUACCUCAUGUACGCCGGGGCCCAGCUGGCCGUGGACGCCAGACUCACCACCAGGGAGGGCAACUCCAUCACCCUACAUUGUGUCGUGGAGGGCGGCAACCCCGCGCCCGCGCUCACCUGGCUCUUGGACGCCCUCGACAUCACGCCCUCCAGUCAGGUGCGGUCGGAGUGGGUGGCGGGGGAGGGCGUGUACUACACCGUCAGCAACAUCACCCUGGCCAGGGUGACCAAGGACCACCACAACAACACCGUCGCCUGUGUCGUCGCUCACCCGGCGCUCCCAGAACCUCUCCCCGUCCCACUCAGGCUUAAUAUUGAGUAUUCUCCAGACUUCCGGUUGCGACGGUGGCCAGCGUGGGGGUCUCCUGUGAGAGAAGGAACCACCGUCUCCCUCCUCUGUCACGUCGACGCCAACCCCCCCUCCAGUCCCACUUGGGUCAAAGAGACGGAGGGCGGGUCGACGGAGGUGGCGUCGUCCGGGGAGUGGCUGAACGUGACGAGGGCGGGCAGUGGUGACCGAGGCUGGUACAAGUGCUCCACCUCCCACACCUUCGGUCACUUCUCCUCUCACUCGGUCUUUAUCAAUGUCCUCGCUGGAGGUGCCGCAGCUGCCCCACUCAUUAACAGCUGGUAUCCGCCAGGUGAGGGCCCGGGGUCGGGGUCGUCCCCACACACCCCACAACUGCUGAGGAAGACCACGGCGGCUGACGGCCUCCCCUCACACUGCUUCGCCCACAACACCACCCUCCUCCCCCACGCAGGCGGGGUGGUGGUGGUGGAGGCGGUGAAUACGACGGUGCUGUCUAUGGGCGGACGGACGACAGCGUUGGCGGCUGUCGUGUGCAGUCGUCCGCCGCCCUCCUCCGUCACCUGGCUCCCGCCGGGCCGCCAGCCGCCCCUCGACGCGGGCGCCACCACAGACAGGUUCCGGGCACACAACCUCACGGCGGGGGAGAUCCCUGGGUGCGUGUACACAGUGGUGACCAUCGUCGGUGUCCGGCCCAGUGACGCUGGCAGCUGGGUGGUGGUGGCCGCCAGUGAGAGGGACGCCGACGCCGCUCUCAUCCGUCUCAAUGUCACCGCUGCCGCCCACUCCUUCGCCGCCAGCAUAGCCUUCGCCCAACAUGUCGACGCUGUUACCAACCUCCACACGCUACUCCUGGCAGCUUUUAUUAUCUUCCGUUCCUCUACUCUCCAGCCUUGAACCGCGUUACAUGUGACGUCAUGUGUCAAUUUCGGAACCUAGUAGGCUGUGAAUGCCAAUCGAGGAAUCCACGAGAUUGUGUGGAGCAACUUUGAUGCCCACAAGACUUUAGGUGCCAACUCCGGCGUCCACAUGACUGUGGGGGCCAAUUAAGGUAUCUGUGGGUGCCAACUUCUUGACCAAAUCGUGGGAGGCGGCUACCUUAUACACCGGCUGGUGUGUUCCAGUGACGCGACCUCCGUUAUACACAGCCAUUCGCUGCGUUACUCUAUGUCCGUAGGUCUUAUUUGUCCAAAAACUGUGAUAGUGUUAUGACUGAGGGUAACGAGAGGACACAGUGAUGUGAGGCGGCCCCGUUACCAGUUACAGAUAUCGGAAAACACUGUCACAGGGCACUGGUCACUAUCAGGAAGGAUGGUGUAACGUAACACCAAGACUAAUGGGAGACGACCCGUUACAAAGAUUGUGAUGCACAAGGACUAUGAAGCAAGACGACCUUUACGAGGACUGAUAGGAGACGACUGUUACAAGUACAGGGGCGAAGCACAGGCCGUGAUGUUCAACAUGUGGCAGAGAUGUUUAUAUUAUCUUUAGCUAGCUAAUUUGUCAUAUCAUAUUUAUAAUGAGCAAUGACAUGAGGUGUGGCCAGGAGCAGGUGUGGCCAUUGGCAAGUGUGGUUAAGUGAUAGUGUGUUAAGUGCAAGUAUGGUUAAGUUCCCAUUGUAUAUUUCAGUUGGCAUGUUGAGAUUUGACCAAUAUGGUUGGAAGUCAGCGUAGAUAUGACAAAGUAUACAUACUCACCUAUGUAUGUUCAGUGUGACCAAGUAUAGAGAUGAUGGUAUUAGCCGGCCAUGUGUGGCCAUUGACGAUGGUAGAGAAGGCUUAACUUACCUGGAUGGUAGUUCAGUAAUUCCUAGAACGAAUUUAUUUGAGGAUGGUAAGUAUAUUUUUAAUAAUGCUCAAGCCAGUUUCCAGAGUAUUAUAUCUCCACCAGGCUGUUGUGAUCCUAAUUGGUUCAACACGACCCGGCCUAGCGAGGCAGAUAUGCCAUAUUCAGUCAAUGGUAGCGACUCAUGACCCAAGAAUUGUUCGACUCUUCUAUAUAUACUUUGCACUCCCUGUACGGAGAGAAGCUUAUGGUGGCCUAAUCCGUACAUGUGUGGUCAGAUGUGCGCGUGUCUGUGAAUGCUGCCAGUGUGGUAUGGACUUACUGUAGGAGUUUUUGGAUUACUGAAAGUAGGACCGUAUGACUCAUUGUGGGUGUAGACUAGUGUAGGUAUGGUCCAUUGUAGAUCUGGACCAACAAGGGUGUACAUCACUGUAGGCGAGGCCAAGUGUUCAAGUGGCCCAGUUUUAAGUAUUGACUGAUUUGGACGUGGAAAUUUAAGGAUGUGUCCUCGUGUACUCACUUAAUUGUACUCGCCUACUUGUCCUUGAGAUGGUCGAGCUUCGGCUCUCUGGCUCUGCCUCUUAACAGUCAAUCAACUGUGUACAGGUUCCUGGGCCUAUUGGGCUUUAUCGUAUCUAUAUUUGAAACUGCAUAUGGAGUUUGCCUCCACCACAUCACUUCCUAGUACAUUCCAUUUAACUAUGGCACUGAAAAUUUUUUUCUAGUGUCUCUGUGCCUCAUUUGGGUAAUAGGUUUCCACUUAUGUCCCUGUGUUUAUGCUCGGUAUUAAGUUUCCACUUAUGUUCCCUUGUUCAUAUUCCACCCUUUGUCUUUAUUAACCGUCAAUUCCUCUGAGAAUUCUGUAGGUUAUCUUGAUGAUUUCGGGGCUUUAGUGUCCCCCGGCCCGGUCCUCGACCAGGCCUCCACUUCCAGAUAGCAGCCCGUGACAGCUGACUAACUCACAG